GGGGCCUGUUGCACAAAAGUAGAAUUAAGACAUCCGGGAUAAAUGACUCAGCUGAGCUCAAUGAAGCCAAAACAUGUGCGUCCAGGCUUAAUUGGUUGCACAAAGACCAAGCCAGGAUGAGCAGACACGGAUUCAUUAAGCCAGGUGAAACCAAUCCUGGAUAGGUGCGCGCUCACGGCUCACUCAAAUAGACCCCGCCACAGAUCACAGAUUAACUGAUUUACCAUGGCAACUAGAGCCGCGUACUUUUCCCCGUCGGAAGCACAAAUCCUCAUGGAGGCAUACGAGGAGGUAAAAGAUAUAAUUAAGAAGAAAGGCAACACCGCCACAGUGAUAAAGCAAAGAGAAAAGCGUGGCAAAGUAUUGCAGACCGCCUGAAUGCGUAAGUAGUGCACAAUUACACACUCACCGCUCCGCUGAAACAUCACAAUUACAAUUCAAAUAUUUAAUUCACAUCUCCAAAAAUGCAGUUGUACUGUAAUUAUGAAACGGUUAAAUUUUUAAUUGAAAUGCACUGCAGAUAUGAGUGAAAUUGUGUAAAGUAACUCCAUCACACUGUAUAAAACUAUGAUAAAUUUUUUGAUAUUUUUACUGAAAACAAGACAAAAAUACCAAGUAAUUUUUGCAGUGUGACUCCAUUAAAUGUGUGUGUGUGUGUGUGUGUAGAUUAAACAUGAACGGGCCAAAACGGACAUGGCAGCAGGUCAAAAUCAAAUACAAGAACAUUCUGCAGAAUGCAGUGAAAAAGAAUACCCACAGACAAGGCACGGGUGGUGGGUCACCAAAGGCUGACCUUACCCCAGCAGAGGACAUGGCCUUGGAGCUAAAUAAAGGCCGGCCCGUCUUAGAGGGGAUCCCUGGGGGGAAAGAGACGAGCAUAGGUUCCUCCCAAGAUGCCACCCGCUUCAUUCAAGUGCCUGGCAGCACUGUGUUCCUGUUAGAGCCACCAGCACAAGCACCAGACGAUGCUGAUCCAGGUGAAGGCCCCAGUGCAGCAGCAACAGCACAUGAUGGAGACGAUGAUGAGGAGGAGACCAUCUCUCUGGAUUCCAGAAGGCAUGAGGACCCAGAUGCUAUACAGUGGGAAAACCAGCCUGGCAACAUAAGCUCACAAGCUAUCAGAAAGUUGUAUGGCAACCACCUCCGGCGCCAAAUAGAACUGGCAGACAUAGACAUUCAGUACAAGAAGAAAAAGACGGAAAAUCUUGCACUGGAGUCCGAAAUAAAAAAGAGGACAAUUAGGAAACUGGACCUUGAAAUAAAAAAACUUGAGAGGGAGCUCCAAGAAGAUGACACAGCUCAAAAUAAAAAUUAGCAAUCAGUACAACCAAGUCAUCGUUAUAAGGCAUCGCCC